AUGCUUCUUCUCGCAUCUUUCAUUUCCUUCCUCGCCCUCACCUGGGCAGCACCCACUACCCAAGAUCCAGGCUACAACUGUCAACCCGGCCAGAAAUGCUGGCCAUCAUUGCAAGAAUGGCAACAAUUGAACCAGACCAUCGACGGACACUUGUACCAAACCAUCCCCAUGGGAGCCCCUUGCUAUGAGAAUUCAACAUCCUACGACGCAGCAACUUGCGACAUGGUGGAGAACAAUUACAACAGCAGCAUCCACAGAGGCGAUUACUACGGCCAAACCUACUGGCAAAACUGGGAGGCUUGUGGUACAAGCGGCUGUUCUCUCCUAUCAGAAGACCCAACGGAAAAAUUGUACCCUACUUGCUCGCUAGGAAGACUUGCCUCGUACUACGUCGAUGUCCGCAACGCUUCGCAUAUCUCAGGUGCUUUGAAAUUUGCACAGGCACAUAAUAUCCGUAUCAGCAUCAAGAAUACUGGACACGACUUCUUUGGCCGUUCGUCGGUGCCGAACUCGCUCGCCAUAUGGACGCACAACCUGAAUACUUUUGACUUCUUCCCAAACUUUACCGCAUCCAACUGUCCAUCAGCCAAUGGGAAGAAUGUAGGUGAGAUGGGAGCCGGCGUCGUGGCCGGGGACUCGUACCGCUAUUUCAACAGCAAAGGCAUGGACGUAACAGGCGGCUACGAAGAAUCCGUGGGUAUAGCAGGCGGAUUCGGACAAGGUGGAGGAGUAGGUGACUUCACAACGACCUACGGUCUAAUGGUCGACAACGCCGUAGAAUUCGAAGUCGUUCUUGCAUCCGGCGAAGUCAAGAACAUCAACGAAUGCAACGACCCCGAUCUAUUCUGGGCCAUGCGCGGAGGCGGCGGCGGCACAUUCGCAGUCCUCACCAAAUAUCGAGUCCAACUCUACCCAUCCCUCCCCAUCCACACCUGGAACUUCAAAGCGAACUUCACCGGCAACCAGACCCAAGCACUCCGCUGGGUUCUCGAAGCACACGCCGAGAACCAGCUCGAAUGGUCCAGACAACUCGUUACAGGAGGCGUUGACUACUACCCUGAAAAGGUAUCCUUCGACAUCGUGCUCCCCUACGCCGACGACGGAUCCAAGCUGAAAGCCGCAACCGCGAAAUUCAACCACUUCAUCAGCAAUAGAUCCGACAUCUCAGUCGUGGAAAACAGCUACAUCUCCUUUGCGAACUACACCGCUUACCUUGAUCUAUCCGCCGUUGAUACCCGGGCCACAGAACCAGCCGGCAUCUUCUCCCUCCUCGCAUCCCGCCUCAUACCCCGCGAAGUCUUCUCCACACCAGCCGGUAUAGCUGCGCUGGUCGACGGCGUGGUGCACGGUAUUGAGACAGCGCGAAAUCUGCUCCCGCUCACGGCCACACAAGUCGUGCUGGAGACCCCCGUCUCGAAUCCCGAUUCCCAAUGCGCGACGUCUGCGCACCCGGCUUGGCGGGACGCCAUCUGGCAUGUUAUCCAUGUGGGGGAAUGGGAAGAAGUGCUUACUCCAGCUGUGCAGGAGAAUGCUACAUCGGGGUUCUUGGAGAUUCUGGAGCCGCUGAAGGCGUUGAGUCCGGGUGGAGGGGCGUAUCUCAACGAGGCGCAUUGGGGGGAACCUGAUUGGCAAGGGACGUAUUUUGGGGUUUCUUAUGACAGGUUGUUGGAGGUGAAGAAUCGCUAUGAUCCGGCUCAUAUCUUUGAUUGUUGGAAGUGCGUUGCGUGGAGGGGCGAGUCGGAUCCUUUCUACUCUUGUUAUAAGCAGUGGUGA